GCGCGCGCAGCGGCGGGAGCGCCGCGCACCGCACGGGUGUUGGUGUGCGCAGCGCGGCACGGCGCGGCGGGUACAGCUGGGAGGAAAAGAUGUUUGGCUUUCACAAACCGAAGAUGUACCGGAGUAUAGAGGGCUGCUGUAUUUGCAGAGCUAAAUCUUCGAGUUCUCGUUUCACUGACAGCAAACGUUAUGAAAAGGAUUUCCAGAACUGUUUUGGGCUCCACGAGGCUCGCUCAGGAGAUAUUUGCAAUGCCUGUGUUCUUCUGGUGAAAAGAUGGAAAAAAUUACCAGCAGGAUCCAAAAAAAACUGGAAUCACGUGGUAGAUGCCAGGGCUGGACCCAGCCUUAAAACAACAUUGAAACCAAAGAAAAUGAAAACUCUCUCUGGAAGCAGAAUAAAGAGCAAUCAAAUUAGCAAACUGCAAAAGGAAUUCAAGCGGCACAAUUCUGAUGCCCACAGCACGACUUCGAGCGCGUCCCCAGCGCAGUCACCCUGUUACAGCAACCAGUCGGACGAUGGCUCCGACACAGAGCUGAGUGCUGGGGCCAGCAGGACACCAGUGUUCUCCUUCCUAGACCUCACGUACUGGAAAAGGCAAAAGGUCUGCUGUGGAAUUAUUUACAAAGGGCGUUUUGGAGAAGUCCUCAUAGACACUCAUCUCUUCAAACCUUGUUGUAGCAAUAAAAAGUCUGCCACUGAAAAGCCAGAACAAGAAGGACCCCAAUCUCCAGCAAUUUCCACCCAAGAGGAGUGGUGACUUUCUUGGAUAGCUGCAGAAGGUUAUACAGAUCCUCUUAUUCUCUGGAAAAAUACUAGAAAAGUGACUGGUCACUUUGGACACCUGCUAUGCUGCCAAAAGACUAUUCCCUAGAACUGUUUUGGGUUUUUCUGCUACAAUUCCACAAACUCUGGAGCCAGUUUGUAUCCUUUCAGAAAGACUGUACAUAAUAUUUAAGAUGUUAUGGAACACUUGGCAAAGCUGAAUGCUGCUGCAAGGUUGUCUAAUUUUCCCCCACACUCACUUCCCAAGUGAAUAUGAGGAUGGGGUUUGUAUAUUAAAGUAUAUGUAGUUCAUGUUUCUGUAUUGAAAGAAGCAGUGGUUGUAUGCCUUUUGGUUUUUUGGUUUAGUUUUGGGUGGGGGUUUUUUGUUUUGUUUUUUUGUUUGUUUGUUUUUUGUUUUGUUUGUUUAAAAGUUGGUUGGCAAACUUCUGAAAUUCCCAAGAAACUAUUUCAUUCUGAGACAUGUAUGAGAUGAAUUAAUGAAUGAAGAUGAACUAAUACAUAGAGAUGUUACAGAUCACCUCUCUAGUUAUAUAAAUAUAUAUUUUUAAAGGUGUGGCGAUUUCACCCUAUACUACUGACAUAAAAAAAGACAAAUGUUUCACCUCUCCCAUGUGACACAGACUGGUAAUCUGCAGACAUCUCUUCUUCAGGUGGUAGCUAUCUGAGAAGGCCUCCAGCGUGAAAGUGCUCUUGAGAAGGGGUGGGAGAGCUCUCCACCUUUGCUGAGGAUUAAGAUUUAUCUAAGAACUGAACAUGGGAGGUUAUUUUGUUUUAAGCCAGCAGCAGGCACCCUGGGCUUGGUGUAGUAACCUCUGGUGGUUAGAGAUGGACCAAGAAACAUCUUGAUGCCCGGGUCAGGUGUAAAUGACAGCCAGAACUGGGUAACUGCUCUCUGUUGGCCCACUGCAGCUGAAAUGUGACCACAACAAACAAGACUUCUCCUGGUUUUGGACCUGACAAAGAACCAAACCCCUUGCAAAGCAACUCAGGCACUCUGGUCCAGGGACAUAAUCUGGUUGCAGCCUGGAGUCUGGAUUCACAAUAACUGUUUUGAAACCCUUCCCCUGCAGUGCUUCUCUGUGUUUGGGUUUUGUUGGGUUUUUUUGGUGUGUUUGGUUUUUGUUUUUUUUUUUUUUUUUCCCCAUUUGUUUUUUUAAGCAACUGCCAGACCAACGCUUUUGUGAAUACUGAAUCUGAAAAGUUCUGCUAAGAAUGGUGCUGUGCUGAAUCAAGGCAGCAGCUCUGUUUGCAUAUGUGAUCAAAAGAUAAUACUUUCUACACGGAUUCCCAGACAAGCUCAUGUACAAAUUGUUGUGACACUCCUUCAAACUCUGCUUUGCCUGUAGGGUGGAAGCAGCUUCCUGGAAGAUUGUGCUGCAGUUUUAGCUCCCAGUUGCUUCAUGUUAUGAAGAUUUAACUUGUGUGAGUUGGGAAUUCUGCUUUUUGUUUCGUUUUUUCUUGGUUUUAGGGGGAGGGAGGAUUUUUUUUUUUUUUUUUUUUUUUUUUUGGAACUAUUUUUUGGGAUAUCCUACAAUGGAUUUCUACAUGGUGUGAUCUUGGGGUGUCCUAUUUAGGGCCUUCAACUCAGUGUAUUCUGUGAUUCUAAGCUUUUCUUUUUUGUGAGAGUCAUUGGCAUAAUACUGUGGUGGGUAGGGUUUAGGACUGGAUUUCGUUGUCUCAGUUCCUGAAACGGGAAUACUUAGCAAAUGAAAAUAUAGAUAAAGAUAUGCAGUUUUAAGAGGAGCCUCUACCCUCAAAGCUUUUUAUUUCUUUCUUUUUUCCUCUCCUGUUGGGUCAGCCAACCCCUGGAGAGAAAGAAAUUCAGGGGAAACAGGGCUUUGACUUAUCACAGCCUUACAGCUUAGAGCUUUCCUUGGACUCAUUUUGCUUUUCCUAAUCUCUGAGGUUCUUAAGGGAGGACAAAGUUUCUUACCUUGCUUUUAUUCUCAACCAAAUUAGAAUCAUUCAGGUUGGAAAAGACCUAAGCCCAUUGAGUCCAGCCAUAGAUAUAAUGGAUACUUGAUUGUAUAGAGGCAUAACUAGGUUGGUCAUGUCUAAUAAGGGCUUGAGCAAGAGUCCUUGCUGUGUUUGCAGACACCUAUUUCAUGUGAAUUUGUGUUUUCAGCAUCAGUAAUUCUCUACACCUAAGAAGGCUGCAGUGUUGGUGGUAGGAUGUGCUCUGAUACGGAUCAUCUCUUCUGUAUUUAUUUAUUUAUUGCUCGAUUUCAACCACCAACUGCUUCCCCUAUUCCCUCCCACCUCUUCCAUUCCCGGUAGUAAUGCAAAAUGAGUAGUCAUGCACUUUGUAUUAAUGUAUUAGAAAUCUAUGGAACCUGUUUUGUACUUUUAUACUGUUCAGACACUUGUAAUCCAAACUUUGUUUUUACUAGGGUAAUGAAUAAAUUUAGACUUAUUUAG